UUCAACUAGGGAUGGCCAUCCAUCAACAAGGUGGGCAAGUCCACCCCAUCACAUACAUACACACAUACACAACAUACAUACAACACAGUACCUUAUACACAUGUAUUCUGCUGAUGCACAUCGCGUGUAUGGAUAAAUGGAUGGAGGCACAUGCAUCGAAUCACCCGCCCGCCUAGCCCUCCACCUCUCGCAUGAGUCUCUCUACCUCGCCCUCCACCCGCAGUCUCUGCCAGAACACCCCCUCCAGCACCAACAACCCUCCAUCCUCUCUCUUCGCCUUGACCACAUGCCGCAGCCGACCCUCCACACACAUGUGCGCCACAGGGGCGGGCGGCACCCGCACAAACUCCCGCAAAUGCGAUACCGCCCCGCUUCCAGUGUCCCUGCUGUAUGCCUCGUGGCGAUUGCCGUGCCCCGCUGCCAGGGCGUCGUAGAUGGCCACCUCACCACCCAUGGCAAUGGUGUCCUUGGCCGCAUCCAGCAGACACGUCGACAAAGAGGGGCUCUCACCCUGUGGCUGCCGUUUCUGCUGAUGGCUGCUCCCCGACCCACCGGCAGCAGCAGCGGUCUUGCUGCUGGUGUUGCUGCUGGUGUCGGUCGUCUUGUGUCUUUUCACGGCCGGUGCAGGCGGGUCGGGAGGCGGCGGGGGCGCGUAGGUCAGCAGCGUCAAUACGGCAUCGUUGUGGAGGAGCAGGGGCAGGGUGACGCCUGAUGCACUGUCCUCGAAUAUGCCGAGAAGGGUGAGUGCGGGGCAUGGGGACACCUGCAUGUUGGUCGUUGUGGUGCAGCCACCACUGCACGAGUAGGGGAGGGGCUGCUGGGUGGUGAGGAGCCUCGCGCCGCACAGGGGACACACCGCACUAACCCUGAGAGACGACAUACGCCACAACACGAGUCACACAUCUCUCUCCUACCUCGUGUCAUGUUCUUCUUUCGGACCUACCUGACGGUUAGUGUGGCGAUGAGCGACCCGACGAACAGGCGCACCUCACUCUCAUUGAGCGGACAGCGCGCCAGCGUCUGAGGUGCCGUCAGACCCGCCAAAGGCACACCGCCCGACAGCUUGGCCAUCUCCCACACGCACCAAAGCCUCCCUUGCUCCUCGCUUGUCAGCACGGCCUUCUCGCCCCCACACACUAGCUGACCCGCAGCACCCCCGCCCGCAUGCUUUCUGGCUAUGAGGCCCGUUGGGGCCAUGACGUAUCGAUGGCGGUAGUAGCCGGGGUCGACUCGAAACACCGACGGACAUGCGGCUGUCGCGUCCGCACCCGCAUCAUCUGGCUCCGUCCACCCCCGGGCAAUCGCCUCAGUUCGUGAGGAGACCCCCAGUGCGGUGUGCCACACACACGGCGGCUUGUAUGAGAGGCCACUGGCAGCGCGGGGUGAGUAAGUGAUGCGGCCGACCAGGUUGAGAUGCCGCUUGUAGUCGUCUUCUCUCAUCCCCCCUUGUCGCUGCAGCCAGUCGACCACGAAGCCGGGCAGGUCGCGCGUGAAGGACGAUGCAGGGGGGGCGGAAGGGGCCUCGGGGUUGGGCAGAGUGUAGAAGCGGAUCUUGGGGGUAGGGGCGUGCUGUUGCCUUGUGGGGGUAGUGGUGGUGAUGUGGCGCCAGGCAGCGAGGGAACGGAAGUCCCAUAUCUGCCCCGGCUGGAUGAGGGAGAAGCGACCGAAGUGCGCCGAUGGCACCCAGACGUCCAGCCAGCCGACCCCCAGCACCGAUCGGCUCUCAGGGAACGCAACCCUGCCAACAGACAGACAGGAGGAGGAUCCACGCCACGAUGAGCAACAACGCAGACACACUGGCCGAUUUGGUUCUGUGUGAAAGGUCACCUGAUGAUGAGACAGGGGGUCGAUGUGGCUGCGUCCAGUCCAUCCUCAUUCUCAUCGGCGAGCCGCACCACCAUGACAUCGACCACCAUACACCCCUCCAAGCUCACCUCGGUGAACCGACCCGUGGGCACCCUCUCCACCACCUCAUGCACAGCAGACACGCUCCCCACCACCAGCGGCGCGUAGCCGUCCAGAUACUCGCGCGCCGCCAUGUCCGCCAGCCGGUAGAGCAGGGAUCUCGUGAAGGUGCCAUUGUAGCGGUUGUCUCCACUGCCGAUUGUGAGCUGUAGAUGCGGCGUGCAGAGCAAUGGACACUGCGGCUGGUUGCUGGUGGGGGGCAGGGGGAUGGGCAGCGGGACCAUGAAGGCGCCAUUCAUGGGGAUGUCGGGCAGCAUGGUGCUGAGGUGCAGCUGCAUCGAGAUGCGGGAUGGGGAGAGAGAGGGUGAGGGUGAGGGUUGCUCGUUGUCGGUCCAUGCGAGCACACAGAAGCACGGCGGCUGUGUGGCCCAAUAGAUGUGCACGGGCACAUCCGUCGCCUCCCGGCCGCUCCACACAUGACCCUGCCCCCUCUCCACAUCAGCACUGGUCAGCCGCUGGAACACGAUGACAGUCCGGCCGUCCCCCUCUCCGUGCGCCUCAUCCGCCCAGCACUCCUUGUGCGUCACGAACAGCAGAACUCCGCGCAUCUCCGUGUCUGGCAGCUCGAGACUCUCCUUGCCGGCUGCCAUGAACGUGACGGCAUCUGGUUGCGCGACCAGUCCGAGAACGCCGCUGAGGGGCCACCAUGUGCCGCUCUUGUGCGUGACGGCGGGGCUGGUGGGUGGGCGGGGAGGGGCCGGGACUGCCAUGACGACGCUGCACUUGUCCAGCUGAAUGGCCACGGGGGGCGGCCAUGUGGAUCCUGGCUGCUGGUCGCCCGGUGCUGACUUCUCUCUGCCAGCACCGACAGCGGCAGCGGCAGCAGCCGCCCCGGUCUCCGUCUGCUCAUCUUCCUGCAGAGCGGACUCCCCUCCGACCUUCACGCCGCCUGCCAAGGGAUCUCGUCGCAUACGCCGGAUCCCCGACUGACCCCAGGGGACCAGUGGCGGCCUGCCAUCGAAGAACAGAUCCACCACGUUAACACCAGAACCACCAUCAGAGAGGACCAGGGGCGUCGUCAUCGAGCUGUCGCUGAGGAAAGUGACCUUGCCGCUGAGACCGCCACGCCAGUCGUGCUGGACCACUAGCACACUCUCGGGCGCGCCGUCCCGGCCAUCUCCUUUCUCGGUGAUCCGCACUUGCCGGUCUUGCGCUGGCUGCAUGACGCCACCGACGCCGCGCAUGCCGUCGACAAAACACAGGGCCAUGCUCUUGCGCUCCAUGGUGACGGCCGCUGACCGCUGCAAAUGAAUGGACUGCCGGGGGAGGGGCCUGUCCAUGAACAGGGGGCCGUCGGAGGCUGGGUCAUGCCGUGUCACGGUGAUGAACAUGCCCGAUGGCUGUCGGUGCUCUGGUGGAGGGGUGGGUGGCUGUGAGGGGGGGCUGGGGAGCUUGAGAGUGAGGUGUGAGUUGGGGGCCAUCUUGACGAGCAAGGAGUCGCUGACGUCGGCGAGGCACGGCCACCGGUACGGCACGGCGUGGGUGAGGGGCGGAGAUGAGGAUGGUGCGACCACUUCAACAUCCAUGUCCCCUGCUGCCGCCUUGACGCGCCCAUGGGCCUCCCUCAGGCUCUCCAUGCACACGGGCGCCGCCCCGGCAUCCUCAUGCAGGCUCCCAAGCGCCUCGACAACCGCCCCCGCCCUCCCCCUCUGCCUCAGUGCCAUCACCAGCCGAGCGAUCGAGCUGACCAGCACAUCUAUCUCGGUCAUCAGGGGCAUCUCCCAGAUGUCCGAUCCAAGCAUGGGGCAGCACGGGUCCGCGGGGCACUGGUGCGUCAGCAUGGACCGGUGAGAGAAGGGCGGGGGCGGGCUGAGGCAAGAGUUGACGAUGCGGUCGACCAGGGGCUUGGCGAGAUCGGCUGGUGUGGCGCCCAUGGCGCGAAUAAAGCGGGGCGGGAGUUUGCGUGUCCAGUCGAGUGCGAGGGAGAAGUGCAGCCAGCAGAUGUUGGAUGGGCAGGGGGGCGGCUCGUCGUGGCUGGUGGAGCCCGGAGUGUGGGGCAGCAGCUGGAAGCAGAGGGCUGCCUCCCCGCCGGCCGGCGCUUCUGUCGUCCGAUCGGUGUGGUCGACGAGCAGCGUGCUGAGCGGGCAGAGGGCCACCGCAUACUCCACCCGACUAGAACGGCCUGUGUGAAAGGAUAGCAGUCGGGCACCAUGCUGUGUUCAAAGAUGAGAGCUCUCCUCUCUCUGUGUUGACUCACCUGGCAUCGCUUUGGUGAUGAGGUGAGCGCCGUGGACGGUGAGUUUGGUUCCCCUCUUGAGGAUGGUGCCGUGCAGCGUCUCGGAUGCCCCCCACUGGUGCAGGAACAGUCGCAUCCCGCCUGCCAACAUAUAGGCGCCCCAUCCAAGGUAGCCAUCGACAACCACGCCGCUGCACGAGUGCAGCUCGCUCGGCGGCAGAGCGACAGGUCCAUCCCCCUCCAUGAUACACUCCCCCUCCCCCUCCCCCCCUUCGUUCUGCGGCUGCGCAGGAGCACCGGGCCACUGUGAGAACGCCAUCAUGAUGCCCAUCGAUAGCGUCAUGUGCGGCACGGAACCCACAAAGGCUCUCGCGGCGUUCAUGGGCGUGGCCGCUGCACCCAAAGACGACUGAAAUAUCGACGCAUUCGGCGCUCCAGAAGCCGCGGGGAGCGGAGAGAGCACAUCGACGAUUGGCGGGGGGUUGCGGAGUCCGUCAUCCGUGGAAUCGAUGUCGGCAUUCUCGGCAAGGCGAUAGCAAGUGGUGUGGGGGGUCGAGUGGUAGAUGGAGUAACGGUGGCCGUCGUCCCCCUGGUCGAGCGUCAUCAUCUUGGGCACCAGAUGGGUCGUGGCAUAGCGGCCGCUCCCGGGUGUCAGCACAUACCGCCACUGCAGGCUCCGAGUGCCCAGAAACAGCACCGUCGCGCGACUCGACACGUCAUCAGGGCCGCGGGGGUGCCGCAGACGCACACAGACGACGUAUGAGAGCCGCUCGCCGUCCGUCUUGUCAAUGGACGUCUUGAGCUUCAGCACAGGGCCCACACUGAUGACCUCCCCACACAGACUGGCACUGGCCGCCUCGCCGGCUGACAAGGGCGGGAGGGGUGUGUCUGGCAGACACACGAGCGGAAGACACUGGGAUGCGUCGAGAUGCAGGAAGCCCUCAGCACGCCCCUCGGUCACCUUCCGCAAUGCCCGCCGCACCACUGAUCUCGCCACCCGCUUGGUGUAGCUCUGCAGUGGGUGAUAGACGGCCGCCCCCACAGGCACCAGAAUGGGCACACCGAACAGAGAGCGGUCAAAACGCCCAGCGAUCUCCACAAUGAAGGACUGUGGCGUAAGCUCCGCCUUGCCGUCUAUGCCGUCGUCACUGCCAUGGUAAUCCACCGUGAAGACAGCUCUCGCUGGCCCCUCUGAUGCCCUUCCGCCAGAUGAUGUGGAUCUCAUUGUGGCGGACGUCUCGAUGCUCAGAGUGCCCACGAGGAAGCAUCGCUCGUCGAAGUUCGUUUGCGGCUCUUGCCUCGGUGUGAGAUCCAGGGCAUCGGUCGCUGUCAGGAGGGCCGGUUUGACAAGCCCCGGCAUGCGCCUGCACUUGCGGCAUCUAUCCUUGAAGAUGGCCGAGGCCGUGUUGUUCCACGAGUGCUCGCGGGAAGCCAGGGCACCCCUGAGACCGCUGAGGAAGGCCUUUUCCUGGUCGGAUAUGCAGAAGGUCCUGUCAGGAUCAUCUGAGAUCAGUGGCGGGAUGGCCUGUGUUUCAUCCUCCAU